UAAAGAAACUACACAUUCAUGGUAAUCUACUGGAAGGUAAUAUAUGAUAAAGGAUCCCAAAGAUGCAGAGUCCACAGAAAGGGAUGAGCUUCCUGAGGUCUUAAGCAUGGCGAGACCACCUUGAUGAGUAGGCAGAGUUUUAGGCAGGCGCCUCCUGUUCUAGUUUUUUGUUUAUGAGGUGUGAUGGGGAGUUGGGAAUAAUAGCUGACAUUUAUCCAUUGCUUACUACAUAGCAGGCACUGAAGAUGGCGACCUCAUUUAAUCCUCAACAACUGUACAAAGUAGUCACUUUUGCUACCUAUAUGUAAUGGAUGAGAAAACGAAUUCGGUAAUUUGCCAAAGAACACAUAUUUGGUACAUGAAUCAGGGUCAUCCAACUCUGAACGGACGCUUUUCUCUAUUACACCAGUUCUAGAAGUCGGAAACGUGCACAGCGUUUCCAGGCAUCAGGCAGAAGGCCACAACGAUCCACAUUAUGAGUUACACGGCUCACUAGGACGUGGUGGGGUGAACGGCUUCAAGGGUGCACUGGGGGCUGCCUGAGACCUGCGACCGGUCUACAAGGCGCUGUCACGUCCAGUCGUUUCCCGAGGCCUAGAACGCGCCGACACGGGCUCCAGGCCACACAGUCAAGAACCCUGGUCCUUCCAACCUCGCGCACAGGGCGGCCUGAGGCUCCAGCCCGACACCUUUCAGCCCGGGCGUGAGAGCGCGGGUCGGAGACGCCGGGGCUGCAGAGAACGGAGGCUGACGCCGCGCGCCCCUGCCCAGCCUGCGGCGGAUGCCACCGGGGUACUCGGAGCGACCCCGCCGGGAACUCCCUCGCGUACUGGGCCAGCCUCUUGGCCACCAUUCCCGACACGCCUUUCGCUUCAUGGCCCAAUUGCCAGAAAUCGCCGGAAUCCACUUCCGCCUCAUGGAGCCCGAGAGGGGAAGGACCGGGGCGCUCCUCCAGAAGGGCCGGAAGAGGAGGCGCGCCCGCGGCAAGCACGUCGGGGCGGCCGAGGCGCGGAGAGCCCGCUCGGAACCUGAGGAGAGGCGGCCCGGGGCCAAGACCCAGAACUUUCAGAAAUCCAAGGAAACAAGAAUCUUUAUUUGGAUUAUGAACUAAGGGUGUUAUGGCAAUAGUGACAUUUUGAUGAGGAUAAUUGCGUUGCCCACACUGUGUGACUGGAAAACAUGCAGUGGCUCUGCGUGGACCUCAUGCUGCCUUCACAUCCCUGCUCACACUGCUUGCCUUGCUGGGAAUGGCCUUCUAGCUCCUUUGAAGGGAACCCAACCAACUCCCACUGGGCACUUCAAUUAUUCCUUCUCUGCCACAACCUUCCAUUUCAUCCUGGUGAGAUUUAUGUCUAACUCAUUUGUUUUCCAGGGCCCUUUGGUGCUGCUUUUGUUAGGGUGAUCACAAGCUUUUAAUGGGAAUGUCUGUCUCCUACAGGACACCUUAAGCCCUUGAAGUUAGGGGUGUGCCUCAUCUACCACAGAGCCCGGCACAUGGACUCUGUACAAAUCUGCAGAACUGCUCUUUCUGCAAAAUCCACUUUCCUUCUCCACAAGACACACCUGCUGCCCAGCUCAGUAUGGAGAAAUUCACAGCCCAUGGUAUGUGUGUCCUGAGAAACCUGAGUGAUGUUACGAUGACUUCAGCCAGAGCUUGCGUUGCAAGGCUCUGUAGUGCCAGCUCUACCUUUUCUCCAUAGACUCAACAAGAAAAAAGAUGAAUAUGCUCUGCAAGUCAGCACACAGGGUUCAGAUCAUCUUACCAAUUGGGGAGUGGAGGUGGUGGUUGAAGUCACAGAGGCCACUCAUGUGGAGGAGGUAGAUGUCACCCAUAGUCCAUGAGUGGUGAUAAAGGGCAACCCACGGGUAGAGCAUCUAGGGCAAUUCUGGGAAAGGAGCGUGUGCUCUUGCAGCCGUAUUGACCUGUGGAACAGAGUUAAAGCAUGGAAAUGUUAUUAUGGGCAAAAACUCUACCUGCAACAAAAGCUGAACCUCAAUAAAGCAGGGACAAUACUUGUCACCUUCCCCUCCACCAGGUUGCAAAAGAGUGGCCUCAGUACCACAAAACCCCACCCUUCCCACUGGGUCCCAUGGAGUGCUUAGGUUAAUUAUAGAAGUCAAGGCAAUAAAUUAUUGUCGCUACAUGUCUCACUGCCUGUGUCUGCAAAAGUAGGGUGGUAAGGGGCAAGUCCAAGAGGAUCGUAGAGACAAUUGCAGACUACUAAAGAAUGUGUGUUCCAGACAAGCAGGCACUAUUCCCAGGACCGCUCUCCAGCCUGCCCCUCACCAUGGGCACUGCAGUUUUCCUACUUUUGAGACAACGGGCUAGUUGACUGGGCGACAAGGCAAAGCAAAGAAGGUCUAAAACCUUGAAGCCAAACAGCUCAAGUGAGCAGCUUUUCUUAGUGGAAGGUAAAUAUUGUCACUAGACUCACUUUGAAAAGUCUCUACUUUGCAUUACGAGGGCUAGGACUGCUCAACCUGGCUAGAAGUCUCUAGUACUCUCUCCUACAAUUUCUCAGUUCUAGGUUUCUUGGAGGGGAGGGAGGUGCUGCAUGAUAUAAAAAAUUAACCCAUAGUUGUAGAAACAGAAAAAAUUCUUCCUAAAUCCUUAAAUAAAAAGAGGUAUUGUGGUAUUAGUACUUGAAAGAGCAGUGAACAGCAUGGAGGAAUGCAGGGCUCAAUUCACCCAAUGAACAAAAAGUCUCAAAAGCCAAAUUAUGGUCAUAACUUUGUAGGAAGACUCUCACCAAGUCCUGAUUCUUUUCUUUUUCUUUUUUCUUUUUUUUUUUUCACUGAGGAGGAUUCACUAAUCUUCCUCUUUUUGCUUGAGAAAGAUUCUCCCUGAGCUAACAUCUGUGCCAGACUUCCUCUAUUUUGUAUGUAGGCCACCUGCCACAGCAUGGCCAUUGACAAGUGGUGUAGGUCUGCACCUGGGAACUGAACCUGGGCCGUGAAAGCAGAGCACACUGUUCUUAACCACUAGGCCAUGGUCCGGCCCACCAAGUCCUGACUCUUGAUGUUCCGGUCUCUAUCUGACUGCAACGUCACAUGUAUACUUUGAAUGUUGCUAUUAAGGAUUUCAUUAGUGCGUUCAAGUGAUUUGAGGUUAUUCUUCAACAAAACAAAUAGAGAUUAGUCGUAUUUACUCAUUACUUGUACUUCUGUUUUUAAAGUGUAAUCUGGGAAAAAGAAGAGAUUUUUUACCUUGCCUUUUUUCGUCUUUGCUUCUUUGAUCUAUACAAAUAUAUGAUAAAGGAUUCAGAACUCAAAAAUAUUAAUUAUAGUGAUAGCAAAACCUAUCUCCCAUGGGUAAGUCCUUACUAAAAUAAGAAAAGUGGUACUUUCUAAGAUUUGAAUUUAGACUGUUAUACAAUGUAAUGAAAUGGGACACUAGGAUGCAGGAAGAGACAGCAAAAUAAGUGAACUAGAAGAAAGUGGAAGUGCUUCAACAUGAAGCCAUGAAAAGAAAAAUCAAAGGAUGAUUAUACCUUUUUCUCAUAGUUGGCUAUAUUUUUUUUAAUUCAGUGAUUUCCUGCAUGUAAUUCUUUAUCUUCUCAGAAAUGUAAUGUAAAUUAAUUACAAAGAGAUGAAAACCGUUUCUAAGAUUAUUACCAAAACCAGUAAAAUUGAAUUAUCCUGA